GAACAUGCUCUGGGUUUACUGAACUUACUUCCGGACGCGUUUAUGGAACCAGCAUACCUCGAGUAAGCAAGGUUUGGGUUAAUCAACCGAGAGUUCAGGGUUUAGCAGAUGGUAAAUUAACCCUGCUUUCUGGGGGGUGAGGUAUGUGCUUGUGGAUAUGUGUGCGUGGAGAAGGAGGGAGGACGGGUGAUUAGUCUGUAAACCUAUUCUCUGAUCCACACUCCGGAGCAGAAGGUGGCGGUAAUGCACUAAUGCCAACCGCCGUGAAGCUAGAAGAAGAAGAAGAAGAAGAAGGAAAAAGAGAAGGACGAACAUAAAUCACGGCGCUCAUAAACAUUAUUUACUAUAUUUAUCCUUAAGUUCUGAGAGAUUUCUGAAGAAUACAAAGAAAAUCAUUGCGGAGAACCUGCAUCUAUUGAAACUGGCUCCUCCACUGCCUGUUACGAUGCCUGCUCUACUGGAGAGACCAAAGCUGUCUAAUGCGAUGGCCAGAGCCCUGCAUAAGCAUAUCAUGAAGGAGAGAGAGAGGAAAAGACAAGAAGAGGAAGAAGUGGAUAAGAUGAUGGAACAAAAAUUGAAAGAAGAGGAGGAAAGGAAACGAACUAAAGAAAUGGAGGAACGAAUGUCUUUGGAAGAAACUAAAGAACAGGUUCAAAAAAUGGGGGAAAAAUUGCAGGUUUUGCAAGAGGAGAAACAUCAGCUCUUCUUACAGCUUAAGAAAGUGCUUCAUGAGGAGGAAAAGCGUCGAAGAAAGGAGCAAAGUGACAUUUCAACACUGCCUUCAGGCAGUUACCAGUCCAGCUUACCUAUGCACUCAGGACAGCAUCUACUCAGCAUACAAGGCAGUCCAGUGAGUCACAAUAGAGCUGGUGCUCUAUUAGGGGAGCGCAGUAAACAGCUGUUUCAGACACCUCUGAUGCCUGGCCAUCACUUCCCCAGCCAGCCAGGUUUUCCUCCUGGUUCCUGUGAGCAUGGGCAGUUCUCAAAUAGCACUGCAGUCCAUGAGCCAUUUGCUCUUACUCAGGCUCAGCAUCACACCUCUUAUGGACCUGCUGCUUCUGUGCCCAUCAGUUUUGCAGGCACCACCCAGAUAAGAGGGGCAUCACCAUUCCAGAGCAUGCCAUUCCUGCCUCAAGGUUAUGCUGUCCACAGCCAUUUCACCACCCAGCCAGGAUUCAUCCCUAGUGCUAGUAUCUCCCUCCAGAAACAGCUUGAACAUGCCAAUCAGCAGUCUGGCUUUACUGACUCAGCUGCUCUUAGACCCAUCCAUCCACAGGCUUUACAUGUGAGUGCAACCGGUCUGAUGCCCACUCCAUCCAUGGCUGUCCAGAUCUCUGCUGCCAAGGCUCCAUUCCAGAAUUCAUCUCAACCAGCAUCACGGCAUGCUUUCCUCCCUCACACUGGACAGAGAUUCUUUCACCAUGGAAAACCUCAUUAACUUCUAAAAGUAUGGUCUUGACAAGGUCCAAUGCAUCUUGUCAUCCCCUGAAAGGAAGAAAGAAGUACAGGCAAGAGUGAGUGAAGAAGGGGUGAUAAAAGUAACAUAAGCAAGGAAGUAGAAAUUAAAAAAAAGAUGAAGCUAAAAGGUAAGUCUAUAUCCACAACACACAAAUAGUAGGAGGAAAGCUUGUAAAAAUCUUCAAUCAAAAAUAUGACUGUCCAAAACAAAGGUUCUAUAUAAAUGUAGACAGGCGGUCUACAGUAAUAACUGGGUUCUUAACAGAGUCUGAAAUAAUUGCUUGGAUAUCUGCCAUUCAUUUUGUAGCCCAAAGUCAAAGUGCACAAUAAGCCACUACGCAAUCACUUAAUGACUCUCCCAUUAACUCAGAGGAACAUCAGAUAUGGGUAAUAUUAACACAUCAAAAUUGUUUAUAGUGCUUCUUAAAAAGUUAUUUUACAAUACAGCAUGUUUAGUUCUUACUGUUUAGCCGGUAGAGUAAAAUACAAAAUGAAAUCCGAAAAUUCUAUUUACAUCUUAGUCACUGCUUUUACAUACCAGAUACAUCAAACACUGCAGCAGUCCUACAUCUGUGUUACACAAAAGUACCAGUGUGCAAACAGCAAAGUAUUCUAUGUAAAGUGGGCUUCCAUUGUAAAACCCUUUUAUAUACAUUAUAAAACAUCCUGGAUUGAUUACUGAUUGCAUCUAGAUAAAUAUAUAUUUAAAAAAAACAAUAAUAUAAUAAUAAUAAUAAUAAUAAUAAUAUUAUUACAAGGUUUGUUUCAUUGUGUAAAGCAAAAGUAAACAUUUGAAUAAGCGCUUUGCUGCAAGCACACUGGUGAGGCACAGUCGCUCCGGGCCUAGUUAGCAGGUGAGUAUGUGCACACAGCAGUAAGAGCUCCAUAUACCUGCUGUGUU